GCAUGUUUGAUAAUUUUUCAUUCAUUUCCGUUGGGCGAGGUCCUCUGCGUCAUACGUGAUAAAAGUGAAGAAAUUUUCGUCGCCUUCUCGAAGCCGACAAGAAGAUGAGUGACGAUAACCCUACCAACGAUUCUGUUUCUGACAACAAGCCCCAUUUUGAGCUGUAUAUUAAGGCAUCUGUUCGAGAUGGUGAAAGUAAAGGAUCGUGUCCUAUUUGUCAACAAUGGUUCAUGGUGGCCCAUCUUUUGGCGGAAAAGUCAGAUGUUCAUUUCCAAGUUUACACGGUCCCAGCUAACAAUUUACCAGAAUCAUUCAAGGCUAAAACCAUGAGCAAGACAUUUCCAAUUGUAAUAGGUGUUCAGGGACGUGACACAAAAGGACAGGACAUUUCAAACUGUGUAUUUGAUGACGCUGAUGAAGUAGAGAAAUUCUUUGAAAGUGUUAAUGUCAGUCGACCAUUACUGAAAAGAACAGAAGCUAAGAACCAGCUUGCUCUUAGACAUGUUGAAGAUUUAUAUAAAAAAUUUAAUUUAUUUCUACAAAAUCCUAACGAUAAUGGGACAAAGUUAACGCAACAGUUGAAAAACGUUGAUGGCUUUUUGGGAGAAAUGGAAACAACUUUUCUGUGUGGAUCUUCAAUUUCCUAUAGUGAUACAGUAUUACUGUCACGACUUCAGCAUAUCAGAGUGGCAGGAAAGGCCUACAAAAGUUAUGAGAUCCCUAAAGAAUUGAAGAAUUUGUGGCGGUAUCUCAGCACAGCUUACCAAACCAAAGCUUUUAUUCAAACACUACCAUCAGAUCAGGACAUUAAAUUGCAUUAUGAAACUAAAGCAACUACCAAAUUAGAAAAGACAAUAAAAUUGGAAGGAACCUCCUACUCAACUGAUGUUGAUCCAGAAUGCUUGAACGGUGAAGUUGAGCAGCAGAACGGGGAUGAAUGAAAACUUAUAUUAUUCAAAUGGUGUGAUAAACUAUAUUCCAAUGUUACCCCAUCAACUGAUUUGCUAGCCAAAGGGGAGUAACUGUUGUGGAAUCACACAUUCAUCUGCGAUGAAUUCUAAUGAUGUAUAAAAUUUAUUAUAUGGAAAUGAUUUGUUAUUAAUGUUUGAUAAAUGGAAGUUUAUUUUAUAUUUGGUGUAAUGGAAGCUGUUGCUUAUUACAUUUUGUAAUGCUAACUUCCAGAAGGGAGAAGGGGGGAUUUUAAUUUAUUGCAAUAAAUGUCUUCCUCAUAAAUUUUUGUUUAAUACUAUAAAUUUGCCAAUGGAUAGAUUAAAAUUUGUCAUUCUAUAAAUCUCAAUACCUCAUUACAAAUGUAAAAUCCACAAUUAUUUUUCAGUUACUACUAGUCACUAAUUUCUUUUAGCUUAAAGGGAGGUAAUUCAAUGGAUGUAAUAUAAUCUAGUUAUAUCAUCAUGAUCAUGUUUGACUUGUUUUUUAGGUUAUGUUUUAGAAACAAAUGUUUAAAAGCCAAUACUUGAAAUUUUCUCUUUCUAAUGAAUGUAAAAAAAAUGAUCGCAUGAUAAGAAAAUUGUAUUGUAAUUGGAGAAAACUUGUUUUCAUUUUGUUGAAUUUUUAAUAUGGGUCUCUUCUAUUGUUAUGUUUUUUAUUAUAUUUGCAAAGUUACGUUAUUGUUUAAAGUUAUGUACAGUACAGGCAAAGUGGUUCAGUUAAAUGAAGACUGUAUUUUCAGUGUGUCAGCUUAAGCAUAUGAAAAUGGUAUCACUAGCAAUUACACUGUUUCACAGUAGUAAACUUGACACCAGCAAAAUUGAUUUUGACUGAAUCAAUUCGAGUGUUGUCUCUGGCAUUACACUGUUGUCAACUUGACAACAACAAGUGAUUUUUAACUGAACCACCUAGUAAUUUGUACUGUAGUAUUGUUUGUGUGUAAAAUAUAUUCAUGUAUAAUAUUGCUGUUUUAGCAUGAAACAGGUGCCUUUCUUAUUUCAUAUCAUUGAGUGGUCUCGCCAUAUUUAUAGAUAAUUGAUGGUUCUGAAAAUCAAUGAACAUUUCUCUCCUUUAUUUAGGUGUUGUGGAGAAUAUUCUUCAUAAUUGAAAAAUCAUUGAUAAUUUGUUUAUCCAUAUUUUUCCAGGAAAUGCCAAUGAAUAGGGGUUUGGCUUACACCAUUACACUCUCUUAGUCACUUUUAACAUCUAACUUAUACUUAAAUGGAAAUUUUACAGAAAUUAAAGAUUUACCAAAAAUUGAAAAAUAGUGAUGCAGUAAGUUAAUGUUAAAUUUUACAUUUAUUAUACUAAGAAUUCAAUAUAUAAAAUGGUUUUUAAUAUAAUAAUAUGCCUCUGUCUGUGCCUUAUAUAAAAAAUGUAAAGUUUGAUAAGAAAGAUAUAAUAUCCACCAGUACUUUCUAUGAGAAGAAAUAAUUCAGACAUGCCCACCAUUUUUGAAUUUUUAAAAAUGGAGGUCUGCAUGGAUUCCAGUAAAUUCCUGAUAAAUGUCAUUUCUGGAAAGUAUACUGAUGAAAUAUUUAAAGUGCCAUACACUUGUAAGUUUUAUUUUGACAAUGUAAGGGGGAUCUUCUAAUAUGAGACCACUUCAUAUUGGUAUAUAUUUAGAAACAGAAUUUAUGUAAAUAUUUUGCAAUUAUUUAUGUGUAUUCUAAGGAAAGCCAUUUAUAUAAUCAGCAUUUUAGUUAGUAUUUUAUGUUGAAAAUAAGGGAAUCUGAUACCCUUGCAAAGAAUAAAUAAUUUAUAAGUCUUUACAUGCAGUUGAUUUUUUUGGGGAAGAAAAAAAUUAUCCUUUAAUAUUUGACAUUAUUUAUAUUUUGUACAAAUUAUACAAUUCAGCAGGAUGUAUCUUUCUGAGUUAGUAAAAUUGAAAGACUAGAAUUCUCUGUUCAAUGCUUAAAUAGUUAUCAAUAGAAUUCAGACAUUUUGUUAACUAACAAGAGUUAUUUCCCCCAUGGUUUUGUUAUCUCCCUUGCACAACUGGUCUGGUGCAUUUGCUAGUUUAUGUCCAGCAAUGUAGUUGGACAGAAUGGUAAACAAAUGUUGGUCCCCUAUAUUAAUUUUGUGAUGAAGACAAGCUAUUACUUUUGAUAAUAACAAGACUAGCAUACACAUGUACAAUAUGCCAUGGGGUGAAAAAAACAACAACUUUUUUUUCCAAAGUUUAAUGAGUGCGUGUGAUGAUCAUGGCAUACAAGAUAUAAUGACAAAAUUCAUUUGAACUAAAACAUAACUCACAGAUUUUAUGUAAAUAACAUAGACAGAAACGCAAUUAGCUUAAUAAAAAGUUUAAACAUUGGCAAUUUCAUAAAAAACUUUAAUUCAUAUUAGAAGAUUUAAUGCAAAAUUACUUGUAGUUGUUUAAUUCAAUGCCAACUUGCCAUUAACCUAUUUAAAUCAAAUUUUAAAUUAUGAUCUUGGAACUUGAGGGGAAAAGUAAUUGAAUUUUGGGGAUUUACAGACUGAAAUACUCUAUUUAUAGUUUUAAGAUUUAGCUAUAUAAUUAAAUUAGAGUUUUGCAAACAGUGUACAAUAAUAUUCAUUUCCAAGCAGCAUUUAAACUUGUUAAGUAAAGCUCAAAAUCUGAUCUGGAAGCAGAACCAAAACCUUAUUUGUAUACAUUUACUUUUUGACAUCGGUUUAGAUAAAAGAACCUCUUGUCUGAUUUUUCAGCAAUGCAUUUGUAAUUUACUUUUUUUACAAGAAGCCAUAUUAUACCGUGAGUGGAAAAUUUAAUAAAGUAUGAUUACACAAAAGUACUGUACAAAAUUUAAAUACAUUGAAAUAACAUCAAUUUAUUUACUUGAUAAACAUAAUUUCUCAAGCAUUUCAAACAUUAUGGCCUUCAAGGUCAUGUUAUGACAUUAACUUUGUAACCAUAGCAAAAUGUAACUGAUGUACAAUUUUAUAUUCUGAUAGUUUUGGCGUAAUAUUGUCAAGCCAGUAUAUAGCUUAAUAAAUAAAGAUAUGUAAAUAGA